AGUGAAAGCCCCUCUCAGAAACCAAGUAUAAAAAGGUUACUAAACGGAGCACUAGUCCAACAUAAACCUAGCUCUGAGAAAAACUCUACUGAAGAAAACACGUUUUUCUCUCGCACUAAAAUCGUGUUUAAGAAACACGAUUUUUUGCACCUUUAUCUUCCUCGUGCUGUUCUUUCUCUGCAACUUUUUUUAGCCCUCUUUAUAACCGUAUUUAGAUUUUUCAGGCUUUUUUUCUGACUUCGAAUACACGUCAUUGGCCUUUCAAAGGGCACCUACAUUUAUAAAUACAGAGACGUGUGUGUGUGUAUGUAUACGGAAUUAAAUUAGAGGAGAAAUGGCGGCGGAAGACGGCGGCGUGGCGGCGGCGACGGUGGUGGUGAGGGAAUACGACGAGGGAAAGGAUCGGGCGGCGGUGGAGGAAGUGGAGAACAGAUGUGGUGGGCCGAGCGGCAAACUUUCGCUUUACACCGACCUCUUGGGCGACCCCAUUUGCCGCGUCCGCCAUUCCCCCGCCUAUCUCAUGCUGGUGGCGGAGACGGUGGUUGUCGACGGCGGCGGCGGCGGCGCAGGUGAGAAUGAAAGGAGAGAGAUAGUUGGGAUGAUAAGAGGCUGCAUCAAAACCGUCACGUGCGGAACGAAGCUCACCAGAAAUAAUAACAAUUGCGGAAACGCCAAACCACUCCCUCUCUCCACCAAACUCGCCUACAUUUUAGGCCUCCGUGUUUCUCCUCUUCAUCGGAGAAUGGGAAUUGGGGUGAAGCUGGUGCGAAGAAUGGAGGCGUGGUUCUCCGAAAACGGCGCCGAAUAUUCCUACAUGGCAACGGAAAACGACAACGUGGCAUCCGUUAACCUCUUCACGCACAAAUGCGGCUACUCCAAAUUCCGUACACCCUCCAUUUUAGUGCACCCCGUUUUCGCCCACCGGGUCAGGGUCGAUAAACGGGUCGCCGUCGUCGAGCUCGGCCCCGCCGACGCGGAGGUCCUCUACCGCCGCCGCUUCUCCACCACGGAGUUCUUCCCCCGCGACAUCGACUCGGUUCUGAACAACAGGCUCAGUCUCGGCACAUUCCUCGCAGUCCCGAGACGGUGGUGCUCCGCCGCGUCGUGGCCGGGGGCGGAGGAGUUUCUGGCGAGUCCGCCGGAGUCGUGGGCGGUUAUCAGUAUCUGGAACUGCAAGGAAGUUUUCAGGCUCGAGGUCCGGGGCGCGUCGCGCGUGAGGAAGGCGGUGGCGAAGACCACGCGCGUGGUGGACCGGGUUUUUCCGUGGCUGCGUGUCCCUUCGGUUCCGGAGGUUUUCAGACCGUUCGGUUUUCAUUUCUUGUAUGGGCUUGGAGGCGAAGGCCCAAAUGCGGUGAGUUACGUAAAAGCCCUUUGUGGGGUGGCACACAAUCUCGCGAAGGCGCGUGGGUGUGGAGUGGUGGCGACGGAGGUGGCGGGGAGGGAGCCGCUCAGGUUAGGAAUACCGCACUGGAAAAGCUUAUCGUGCGCGGAGGAUUUGUGGUGCAUUAAGAGGCUGGGGGAAGACUACAGUGACGGGUGUGUGGGUGACUGGACAAAGUCACCACCUGGUCUGUCUAUUUUUGUUGAUCCUAGAGAGUUCUAGAAUCUUCCUAGUAGUGUCCUUUUGUUUUAGCAAAACAACAAAAGUCCUUUUGUUUUAUUUUAUUUUAUUUUUUCUUAAUUUCUUCGAAUUGGGUUUUUGUUUUGUUUAAGGUUUUAGUGAUGUGUUUGGAUAAACACUAGGAUGUGGUGGGAUAAGAAUAGAAGAUUUGGUUAAAAAGGGAAUAUCCCCUCUUUAUUUGUAAAUUUGGUGGUGUUGUUGCAAAGAUUUUCUGUCAGGUGUGUGAACGGACCGAACUCGAGCUCGAAUUCAUUUUGUCGACCUCAAAUUCGUCGAGUUUAUUUUUUUGGCUCGA